AUGACGUUUGAGUUGAAAGAGCUGACCGAACAGCAAAAGCAACUGGUGAAACAGAUAGAUGCAAACACACAGGUGGUGCAUAAAUUCAAACUCCAACAUUCAAACCAGCCGGACCAAUCGUAUACUGCAACGGAGGAUAUAAAUAAUCUUGAAACGCUGCUCAAUAAUCUAAAGCAUGAGUUGGCCACCAUCAACAAGAACCAUAGCAUAUCGGGGGCACUUUCUUCACUAAAGAAUCAUUUAACGUCGCUGGUUGACCUUACUUCGAUUAAAUUGCGACAAGAAUUAAAAAACGAAAUAAGUCAGCUUGGCAAACAAAGCCCUCAGGACGAUCCAAACAUCAAGCUCAAUAUUUCGGACGAGCUGAAAUCGUUAUCUACCAAAUUUGACACAAUACAGAAAACAGCUCAGCUUUCCACCACGCCAGUUUCACAGAAUGAUUGUGAUCACUCGGGAUGGCGUUUAAUUGGAUCAACAAAGCGUUGGAAAGCUGACUGGCGAUCCUUUGACGAAAAGACGAAGCGUCGUGAAGAACAGGACAGAAUACGAUUCAGAGCAUGGCGAAAUAGGCAAAAACGUUCACGACAACGAAAUCGAGCAUCUAGAAGCAGCAAUUUACCGAACAGAAAUCACGUCUAUGGCAACAAUAACAACAACAACAGUAACAACAACAACAACUAUCAUAGAGGACAGAACAACAACUUCAACACCAAUAGUAACCGUAGAUUUACCAACCCCAACCGUCACGUCAACAACAGUUUUUUGAAUAAUCACAAUAGUCCCAACUAUAACAUGGUCAAUAGACAACAGAAUAACGGCACCAACUCUCACAAUGAUCGACAACACACCAACUCUAAUCGAUUCCAUGCAAAUCAACUGCUACCACCUGACAGAGUGCUUCUUGCAGCAGCGAAAGAUCGUUUCUCCAGACCUCAAGCUAACUUCAUUCCUACGAUUCAAUUCCAAAGAGGCGAAACUCUAAACCCAUACCCGGCGAACGACGCGUUUCCACUUUCUCAACCCCAGAUGAUCAGCGAACAUGGACACCCUCCUACUUCACAAUGCAUUGCGUACUCAUCUAGGCACUCGUGUCUUCAACGCAAUUGA